UGGCGGCGGUGUGGUGGAGGAAGCUGCUGGUUUUGAGGCCAUGGAAGAAGACCAUCAAGAUCUAUGGCUGGAUAGGGAUCAAGAUGAUCUUCUUGAUGUGAAUGAUGCUUCCAUCUUCUACGACGAUUUUCCGCCGCUGCCGGAUUUCCCUUGCAUGUCGUCAUCUUCGUCGUCUUCGUCGACUCCGGCGGCGUCCAGGCCCACCGCCGUGACAUCUACGUCCUCCUCCGCCACCUCCUCCUCGCCGGCGGCUUCCUGGCCGAUGAUGAAGUCUGACGGCGACGAGUUCAAGGAUUGUUGCGAGGCGGUGAAAAUGGAGCCCGCCGCCUUGUCCUCCACCGCCUCCAUGGAUAUCCCUCCGCCGCCGCCGCCGGCGGAUCACGACGGCCUUUGCGACGUGGACUGCAUCAACGUGAUGGAGAAUUUCGGGUACAUGGAUCUGAUCGACAGUAACGAAAUCUGGGACCCGUCCUCCAUUUUCCAGAGCGAGAACCCACAGGACUUCCUUGCGGACGACCAACACGCCGCCGCGCAGGCGGCGGCGCCGCCGCCUCCGCCGCAGAACAUGGACUGCCAGGAUCAAGAGAACGACUCCUUCAGCAGCUUCCUGGAGGGGAACAGCGAGCUCGCCUUCAUCUUCUUCGAAUGGCUGAAGCAAAACAGGGAUUACAUCUCAGCAGAAGACAUGCGAAACAUCAAGCUGAAACGAUCCACCAUUGAAAACGCUUCUAAGCGUUUGGGAAGCAACAAAGAAGGCAAGAAGCAGCUCCUGAAACUCAUCCUCGAGUGGGUUGAAAACUACCAGCUUCAGAAAAAACCGCCGCCGAUCACAGCCGAAGGCGGUGGUGGCCCCCAAUCUCCAAACCCUAACCCCAAUUUCAAUUACACCCCACUCCCUCAAGAUCCCAACACCUGCUUCCCUGCCCCCACCUGGAUGCCGCCGCCGCCACAGCCAGAUCAGGUCUCCUCAAUGAUGGCGGCGCCGCCGUUCUCCGGCCAACAUAUGGCCGGAUAUUCCGGCGAUCCAUACUCGAACCAAAUUCCAAUGGUCCCUAUGCACCACCAAGUAGUCAACGGAAUCGCGUACCAGCACUCGCCGGAAUAUGCUCAAUCCUGGCCGAUUUCCCCAUACCCGAUGCCGCCGCCGCCGCCACAUCAUCAAUUCAGUCCUUAUCCCGACAGUAACGGCCAUGUGAUGACUCAUCACCAUCACCAGCAUCAUCAUCAUCACCAACAGACGGUGUACGGAAAUCCGUACCAGGUUUACGACCCGAACGGGGAGAGGCUGAUGAGAUUGGGCUCUUCUGCAACUAAAGAGGCCCGAAAGAAACGAAUGGCCCGCCAAAAGAAGAUGUACUCCCACCACCACCGCCACAGCAGCAACUCCGGUCAAAAUCAGAGUCAAUUGAACGACGCCGAUGUGGUCGGCGAUGGCGGCGAUGAGGGUGAUAAUUGGUACUGGUCCGGUGGCGGUGGCGGUGGCGAUGCUUCUUCUCCGACCAAUGCGAACGCUCCACCUGGCGAUGAUUCGCACACGCCGUCCGGCGAUCGACCCUCGAAGCAGCCUCAAACUAAUCAGAAGCAGGGUUCGGAUAAGCGACAACAGGGGUGGAAAUCGGAAAAGAACUUGAAGUUUUUGCUGCAGAAAGUGUUGAAGCAAAGUGAUGUUGGUAAUUUGGGAAGGAUUGUUCUGCCAAAAAAAGAGGCUGAAAGCCAUCUCCCGGAACUGGAAACGAGAGACGGGAUGACCAUUGCCAUGGAAGACAUUGGAAGUUCUCGUGUCUGGAAUAUGCGUUACAGGUUUUGGCCUAAUAACAAGAGUCGAAUGUACCUUCUUGAGAACACAGGUGAUUUUGUGAGAGUCAAUGGACUCCAAGAGGGAGAUUUUAUAGUGAUCUACUCCGACACAAAAUGUGGCAAAUAUAUGAUACGAGGAGUAAAAGUUCGACAGCCAGGGGCAAAAAUGGAAGGCAAGAAGCCAGCAAGGAGAAACAUGCGCAACAUGUCCUUUGGUGGCAAUAGUUCUUCACUUAUGCCUAUCAAACAAGCUGCCCGUUGAAGGGGAGGUACAAA